AGGAGGAGAGGCAGGGCUGGCUGGCUACAGUGUGUUUUUUCUGUAGACAGUGGACAGAGUCCUAAAGCUUAACUGGUUUGGAAACAGAGAGGUACCUUCUAACCCUGUCUAAUAAGGGAGACAUGCAAACUUGACAUCCUUCAUUGAGCUCCAUACCUCUCCACCAGACUCCAGCCCCAGAUGAUGCGGACGAACAAUAAAGGCCGUAGCGCCUCCCCCCACAGGAACGCCUACAAGUCUGACUUCCACACCAUCAAAUACUCCUUGGACACCGCGACCAAGCCUAGACCUACUUCGCUGAGCCUCUCUAUCCCUUCACCAGGCCCCAUGGCGGUCCCUCACACCAGGACCAGCAGUGCCAGUGGCCCUGGUGAGUGUUCCAGGGGUAGGACCCUCAGUCCUAGAGGGACCAAGAUCAGAGACAACAUCUUCCUCCAGAUGGACAGCCAACAGCACCUCCUCCACCCCUUGUCUCAGACCCUACCCAAAUGCGCUCUCAGCUACAGCUCUGUCCGGAGCAGUGUGGCCAGCAUGUCCAGCGUAGAAUCAUCUAUGCUAGAUAAACCGUCCAAGACAGAGGAGAUAGCAGAGAUAGACAGAGCGGCUCUAGCUCAAAAGUUCUCUGUGACCCGGAAGCUGUUUGAGACGGUCAGCGGGGGUCAAAGUUUAAAGGUCAGCCCUGGCAGAGAUAGCAGGGGGUCUGUGGAUGGGAGGGGGGAAGAAGGGGGCAUGGGGAGAGAGGAGCUGACAUCCACUCUCCCCCUGUUCUGA